CCUUUAAAAUCCCCUGUUCAUUUACCUAGUCCAUCAAAGCAAGCACAUUGGAGUGUUUCGGUUCUUUAAAUGACGCCUUUUCUGGAUUAUAUUUGUACUGUUCUAAAUUAAAGAACUUGUACAGUAAAUCUCCCUCAAAAGCCAUAGCAGCGACUUCCGGGUUUUCCUUUGCACGCCGUGACGUCACGGCGUAAAGAUUCACACAACCGCAUUGUUGUUGGGGGAAGAGAAGCUCGGGCAGCUGCUGAGCUCCACCACUUCCAACUGCUUCUGAUCAGUCCUAUUGAUCAGUGUUCAACCUGAUUACAGUAUAACACCCGAGACCGGCUCCGUCGCCCUGGAUACCUGUCGGUUACCUUCAAGUUUGACUCGGUUCAGCGCGAGCCGCGGCCGCUGUUGGAUGAGCGGACUGAAUGUGGAUUUAACUGUCGCUUUGCUUCACAGGCCGCGCCGCCAUUGCUGCUGUUUUAACAAGCAGAUUUCGUGAAAUACCGAGGGUCUUUACGGCUUCAAAAUGAAGAAAAAAAGUCGACAGCACCGCCCGACGGUGCUGAAGAGGGACUCCUCUCCCAUCAAGCCGUCACCCAACCGGGAGACGCUGACAUAUGCACAGGCUCAGCGAAUAGUGGAGCUUGAAGUGGACGGUCGUGUGCACCGAUUCAGCAUCUAUGACAAGCUGGACGUCAUCACUGACGACGACCCCACAGCUCAGGAGAUUAUGGAGUGCAACAGCAACAAGGAGAACAACGAGAAGCCCCAGCAGGUCCUGGUGCGCUCUGUGCGUCUCAAAAACAACCGGCAGAAGAAGAACGCAGCACUUACGGCAUCGCUUGGUGGCAUUGGCCAGCACGGCAGUGCAGGAGGUCUGUUGGAGCCAAAGGUUAGAACGGUUGAAUACAACUUGCCAGUGGUGCCAAGGAGGCCGGCAGCAUAUUACAAAUACACAGAGAGGACAGCAGAGGAGCUGGAUGAGGAGGUGGAGUACGACAUGGACGAGGAGGAUUUUGCCUGGCUUGAGCUAAUCAACGAGAAGAGGAAGAGCGAGGGCAUCAGUCAAGUGUCGCACAACCUGUUUGAGUUCCUAAUGGACCGUUUUGAAAAGGAGUCGUUCUCAGCCACGCAGGGUCAGAGCGACCUGCAGUCGCUGGUGGACGAGGACGCUGUCUGCUGCAUCUGCAUGGACGGAGAUGGUGCUGACAGUAAUGUCAUUCUCUUCUGUGACUCCUGCAAUAUCCCCGUGCACCAGGAGUGUUAUGGCGUGCCGUACAUCCCUGAGGGCCAGUGGCUGUGCAGACACUGUCUACAGUGCCCAUCGCGGCCUGCUGAGUGCGUCUUUUGUCCCAACAGAGGCGGAGCCCUGAAGAGGACUGAUGACGACCGCUGGGGUCACGUAGCGUGUGCUCUAUGGGUGCCUGAGGUCGGUUUCUCUGACACAGUUUUUAUUGAGCCCAUUGAUGGCGUCCGUAACAUCCCACCAGCACGCUGGAAGCUCACCUGUUACCUGUGUAAAGAGAAAGGUGCAGGAGCAUGCAUCCAGUGCGAUAAGAUCAACUGUUACACUGCCUUCCAUGUCAGCUGUGCCCAAAAGGCCGGCCUUUACAUGAAGAUGGAACCUGUGAAAGAGGUGACGACGUCCGGUACCACCACCUUUUCUGUGAAAAAGACCGCCUACUGCUGCAGCCACACGCCUGAAGGCUGCGAUCGCCGACCCCUCAACAUCUACGAGGAGUCACACCCGAAAAAUGGAGCCUGCCACAAGCGGGCAGACAAGAGGGGGAAGGCCCGGGGCAAGGGCUGGCAGAAGAAGAAGACUAAAAGACCGGAGCCAGAACCAGAGCCAGAGCCUGAGAACCCCACCAACUCUGGGCCCAGUAUCACUGCAUCAAGCUUUGACACCAUCCUGAACCAGGUGGCAGUUCAGAGGAAGCGUCUGUUUGUUGAGCGGGUGCUGAGCUACUGGGUGCAGAAGAGGCAGUCGAGGAACAAUGUGCCGCUGAUCCGCAGGCUACAGGCCAACCCUCAGCCGUCCAAAGCCAAGCAGAUGGAGAACAACCAGGCACUGAAGGAGCAGCUGAAGGAGUGGCACCGCCUUCGCCAUGACCUCGAGCGAGCUCGCCUGCUGCUGGAGCUCAUCAGGAAGAGAGAGAAGCUCAAGAGGGAGGAGAUGAAGCAGCAGCAGUCGGUGCUGGAAUACCAGUUGACCCCCUUCAACAUCUUGCUGCGAGCCGUGCUCAGUCAGCUGCAGGAGAAGGAUCAGUACAGUAUCUUCGCUCAGCCCGUCAACAUCAAAGAGGUUCCUGACUACCUGGACCACAUCAAGAACCCCAUGGACUUUUCCACCAUGAGGAAACGAAUCGACCUUCAUAGCUACAGGAGCCUGGAGGACUUCGAGGACGACUUCAACCUCAUCAUCUCCAACUGCAUGUCGUACAACUCCAAGGAGUCGUUUUUCCACAAGGCAGCUCAGCGGAUGCAGGACCACGGAGGAGUCAUCCUCCGCAGGGCCCGCAGAGAGGCUGACAGAAUCGGCUUUGACUUCGCCAGUGGGUUACAUCUGCCUGAGGCCCCAAAACUGGAGGUGCUGCCCCCCUUCUCCUGGGAGGAUGUGGACCGUCUGCUGACCCCCACCUAUCGUCAGCGGACUCCUCUGGAGGAUCAGCUGAAGGAGCUGCUGGAGAAGCUGGACCUGAGCAGAGCCAUGAAACACAGCCCGUCCCGCAGCAAGAGGCUCAAACUUCUGAAGAAGACCAUCAUGGAGGUCCGCAGCGAAAUGAGCCUGAAGAAGUCCCUCCCAACGACACUGCCCACUGCCCCUGAGCCUGUUGCAACUGAGCUGGAGGAGAAACCACAACCUGAACCCCCGGUAGAGCCCUGCACACCACAGGAGGAGAAGCCUUUACCUCCGCCAACAUUAGAGCUGUUAACCUCACUGUCGCAAAUCGACAUCUCACCCGGUGACUUGGAACCGCCCCCUCUGAAGGCGGUUAAAACCAGCAUGGACCAUACCCCCAUGGAGCUCGAUGGCGACACAGACACAACUACCUCAGUGCCCCCAGAUACCCCCAACGGGCACAUCCCAGACCCGCUGCUCCUCAAUGGCGACCUCCACGCCGAAGCCUCUGGAGCCUGCAACCGACGGACUAACAACCUCUUCCGCAAGUCCAAGAGUGCCAGCCCACAGAAACCACCGAAGACCCAAGAGGCAUCCGCUGUGUCGCCGCCGCCCCUGGGCACCAAAACCUUCCUGUCAGUGGUGAUCCCCCGGCUUGAGACGCUCCUCCUUCCUAAGAAAAGAACACGGAGCAGCAGCGCCGAUGUUGAGGACGAUGACGAGGAGUCGCCGAUAAAACGCCUCGGCACAGGAAUAGCAAACGGUUUUGUGGUGGAGGAGGAGGACAUCUUACCGUCUCCUCGCCUGCCUGAGCCUCGCCGGCGCUGUGCCUCUGAGUCGAGCAUCUCCUCCAGUGGAAGUGUCCUAUGUGGCACGAGCACUGUCAUUGUUCCUAAAAGUGGUAAAGGACGACCAGCGGCAGCUCGACGGAGCACUGUGGAUGACAAAAGCACUUUGAUGACCUGCAUCGAGAAUGGAGAGUUCACCAAAGCUGCCAAGAUCUCUUCAGAGGUGUGGAAGCCCACCGCUGCUUCUCCAUUUGUUCUGGAGCCUCUUAAACUAGUUUGGGCUAAGUGUAGUGGAUAUCCCUCCUACCCCGCCCUGAUCAUGGAGCCCAGAGUACAGAGGAUGGCGUGUCGGCACAACGGGGUGGAGCUUCCCCAGCCACCGCUGGACGUUCUCAGAGCCGGAGAGCGGAUGCAGUUCAGGUCCGCAGAGAAACUCUUCCUCGUCCACUUCUUCGACAGCAGGCGCAGCUGGCAAUGGCUUCCUAGAUCCAAGAUAGCUCCCUUCGGGAUCAACCAGACGCUGGACAAAAUUAAGCUAAAGGAGGCUCCUUCCUCCCGCAUCCGAAAAGCUGUGCGGCUCGCCUUUGACCGAGCCAUGAACCACCUGCACCGUGUUAGCGGUGAGCUGGAGCCGAGAGCUGGCCUCGCCAUCACGGACUGAACCCCCCUCCCCCCCUUCCCCCCAUCCCCUUUUCCCUCCACCCACCACCUCUGAAAUCAUCCCAUCAUCCAUCUCUCCUCUUUGUCCUUCCAGCUUUUUGUUUAGAGCACGAUCACAUCAGAGCGUUCAGUUUCUGCCUCAUACGCACAACGAACACACAUUUGUCAUGUUUACCAUUUCCUGCAAACUGGAACCGGAUCGUUUUCAUGUCACCUUGCACAUCUGUCCCCAGUGUCCAAAAUACUGUAGCUUGUGACGGCCAUCUUGUUAUGUCAAAGAGCUAUGCAACGAAAACGACUCGGUUAUCGGGUGCAAAUAGGUGAAAGAAAAAAAAACAAACUCAAACAUGGGCUGUGAGGACCGAAAAAUCACGGGAUUAAACCUGUUGAAUGUGUCAGAGUUUGACCUCUGACCUCCUUAAAUGUGCUGCAAGACUGCUGCGACCGUCUCACUGCCACGACGAUGUCCAUCAGUGUGCGUGUGACUGCAGCAGCUCGUGUAAAUACCCUGUACAAGGCCUGACACUAAUUUAUUCACUCCCUCAGUUUGUUUUGGUACAUGGUGUUCAGAUAUUUAUACAGUUGGAGGUGAUGAUGAUCCACGUCGUCGCCGGCACUGAUGCUGUCGGCCUUUCUGCUGGUGCUAUCUCUACAGAGAGAAAAAAACAAACAUGCAUACUGUAAUGAACACUUUUGUUUCAGCUCAUUUUUUUUUUUUUUUUUUUACAGUUUUUGUAAGUUAUUGAGUUCUCAAGCUUCAAGUUCGUUCGUCUUUGGCAUUAAUUUUUUUUGUGUCUGUGUGCAUCUUUUUUUUUUUUUUUUUACUGAAUGUUUUUACUGGACUACUUUUUCGUUUGUACAUAUUUAUAUAAAAUCUAUAUAGAUGCUCUCAAAAGUUUAAAAUGCCUAAAGUGCAUCAUUCACACCAAAACCAAAAAUCUGCUGCCCACAGGAUUCCCACUAAUGUGUUACUUUCUUUUUUUAAAAUUUUAUUUUACAGUUUCAUUGUGUUUUUCCAGGUUUUCGGCCUUUUUGUUUGUGUGCUGUGAUGAGUUCAAGUCUUCUGUAAAACGUCACAGAAUCAUCUUUUCCACCUCAACUGAACUACAGUAAGCUGUAGGAGAGAAGAGAAUGUGCCUGUACUAAUUUAUUGUAAAGCAGAAAAUGUAUAUGCAUUACUUUAUAGAGAGAGUAUUGUAAGAAAAUACUACGGGCACACGAGGAGCCAUAUGUAGAGGCCCUUCCUCUUCUGUUGUUUUGUGAGAAUCUUUUUUUUUAUUUUUUUGAAUUAAUAGCAUUAAAUCUGAGCGGUGAGGUGAUAGUGUUUGAUGUUUUAUUUUUGGCAGGGUAGCGAUGGGUAGACUUCCUGUUUUGUUUGGCCCCUCUGGAUGUGGAUGUUGUGUGUAAAUAGAUUUGGUACUUUAGCUGAUUCUCUGGGAAAAACCACAGUUAUAGCCAAUGGGAGUGGAAACCAGCCGACGGCAGGCCGGUGGGAUUUUUAUACUAAAACACUGAAAAAUUAAAUAUGUUAUUGAAUCACUGAU